ACUUAAAGAAGAAGAUUUUGUUUGUUCAAAUUUAUUAUCUACGGCUGCUGCAAAUAAUUAUUUAAAAGUUUAUAAUAAAAAAAAAACUAAAUAUUUAAAUCAGAUAUCUAAAAGUUCAAUAAAUAGUGUUUAUCUUUUUGGCUUGCAAUUAAAGCAACUUAGACAUAUUCGUAAAAAACAUAGAGAAAAAAGACAUAAACUAUUUGCAAACUUAUCUAAUAAAAUACAAGUUAUACAAAAUAAAAAUAUAG